AUGGCUCCGUUUGAAGCCCUGUAUGGAAGACGCUGCAGAACACCUCUCUGUUGGUUUCAGGAUGGAGAAGCAAUUUUGACAGGACCAGAAAUAGUUCAGCAGACUACAGAGAAGGUAAAACUUAUACAAGAAAGGAUGCGAGCAUCACAGAAUAGGCAGAAGUCCUAUGCUGAUCGGAGGCGCCGGCCGUUAGAAUUUGCAGUUGGGGAUCAUGUAGUCCUCCGAGUGACUCCGACUACCGGUGUAGGGAGAGCAAUUCGGGUUAGGAAGUUAUCUCCUAAGUAUCUUGGCCCCUAUCAGAUCCUACGACGUUUAGGGUCGGUAGCUUAUGAGAUAGCCAUGCCACCCCAGUUAGCAAACUUGCAUCCGGUAUUCCAUGUAUCCCAGCUCAGAAAAUAUGUGUCUGAUUCUUCUCAUAUACUUGAAGCGGAAAAUGUGCAAGUCAGAGAGGAUCUGUCGGUAGAAGUGCAACCUGUGAGGAUUGAAGAGAGCCAAAAUAAACAACUUAGAGGGAGAACUGUCAAACUCGUCAAGGUCAUCUGGAAUGGUAGAAUAGGCGACUCCACAUGGGAAUUGGAGGAUGAGAUGAGAGAAACAUACCCCCACUUAUUUCAAUAA